CCAGAGGUGAGCCCCAAGUGAGGCAUUUUUUUCAAGUCAGAUUUGUGUUUAUAAAAAAAUUAAAUUGUUUUUUGUUCUGGGUCUUGUUUGAUUGUGUUUCUUGUUGGAAUCGCAGAUUCGCUAAUUUAUUUGUUAUCUUCGCAAUUCGAAUUCGAAUAUCAGGCGCAAACGAGAAUAUUCCGCGUGUGAAAUACUUGAAAAAUCAUCCAACAACACAGUGACAUAAAAAUCACUUGAAAACUACCCACUAAACCCCAAACAAAAUAAAGAGCGGUGAACGAUUUCCGGCCGACUGUCACAGGGUCAGUGUUGCCACAGCAAAACUAUUGCCAGGAACAAAAUAAAUCUACCAAAUAGUAGAAAUGGACUUGAAAGUGAUACUAGCAAAAAUGGAAGAAAUGAAAACAGACUUCAAAAUGCAAAAUGAAAAGUUAGCUGAAAGUUUCAACAGAAGCCUCUCAAAAACUAUAGAUGAAAAACUAAAACCACUUUUAGACGAGAAUAUAAAAUUAAAAGAAGAAGUUCAAAACCUACAAUCACGAGUACAAACCUUGGAAAGAGAAACUAGGAAAAACAACAUUAUAUUACACGGCGUUCCUGAAAAUGAAGCAAACAAUAGUGAUCUCAGGAAUAUAGUAAUAGAGAUAUUAAAUAAAAUUUCCCAAAAAGUCGAAGGAAUGCAAGACUGGGACAAGUGGGAAAUCAGCAAUGUGAGAAGACUUGGGAAGAAAAAUACCGAGAAAAAGAGACCAAUACUCAUAACUCUUACACUGACAUGGCGAAAGUACGAAGUCUUGAAAAACAAUAAAAACUUUCCAUCGGACAUAUAUGCCACUGAAGACUACCCAAGAGAUAUCCUUAUAAAAAGGAAAGAACUAAAGGAGAAAAAAGAGCAAGAAGAAAGGCAAGGGAAGAUAGCGUUUAUAAGAUACGACAAACUCAUAGUCAAGGAUAGAGAUGUAGAUGAAACUAAAAGAAAAAGAUCACCAUCUAAGUCACCAAAAGAAAAUCAUAAAGACACUAAAAAUAUAACAGCUGCCCCUCCAAAAAAACUUAACAAGAGCUUCGAUACAUUUCGAGCUAGACCGAACUCCGCCUCAAACGAAACCAGGAACUAAUACAACCAAUGCAACUCAUCACACCGGAAACGAAAAUUUAACUACAGUAAACAACAACAACAUCUUACACAACAAAAACUCUCUCCCAAUACGGCUGGUCACCGUGGGGGAAGUAGACCACCACCCUCCAUCAAAUAAAAACCAACAAAAUGAAAACAAUGAAACCUUAAGCAAGAGUAGUAAGUCGAGCAGAGAACAAGGAUUAAAAAUAUGCACAUUCAAUGUUAGAUCUCUAUCUACAAACGAAAGAAUCCUUGAACUAAACAAUGCAAUAGAUAAAGUGACAUGGGAUAUCAUGGGACUCGCAGAAGUUAAAAAAAUGGGAUGCAUCAUAGAAGAACAUAAAGACUAUAUAUUUUGUUAUAUGGGAGAGACACGGGGACUUCAUGGCGUGGGUUUCCUAAUAAAAAAAUCACUAAAAGAACAUAUAGAAAGCUUUUUGGGCAUAUCAGAGAGAGUAGCUUUACUAAAAAUGAACUUUAAGGAAGGACCAUUAUCGCUGAUCCAAGUGUAUGCUCCUACUGAGAGUUCAAGCGAAGAAGACAUCACAAAAUUCUACAAUGACUUAACAAAUGCGCAAGAACUGGCUGACAAAAAUAGAUUACUCAUGGGAGACUUCAACGCUAAAAUUGGACAACCAAAUCCCCAAGAAAAUUUAAUAAUGGGCAAAUAUGGUUAUGGCGUACGGAACUCCAGAGGUGAACGCCUAAUACAAUAUGCAUAUGAAAACAAACUGUCAAUCAUGAACACAUAUUUCAAGAAAAAGGCUUCUAGAAAAUGGACAUGGUUAUCACCUGAUCAUAAGACCAAAAACGAAAUAGACUUCAUACUGAGCCCUACACCAAAAACUAUAACAAACAUAGAGGUUCUAAACCAAAUAAAUUUCCCGUCUGACCACAGGAUUGUCAGAUGUUCCAUAAAAAUUAAGAAACCUAAAACUGGCCGAGGAAAAUUCAAAAUGUUAGCCAAUAAACUGAAGUCUACUGACGAGAUAAACAACUACAUACAAAACCUACAAAAGAACAUAUCAUCAACUAUGCAACUCCUAAAGGGACAUAAAAGUGUUCAAGCUUUUAGUGACAAACUGGAAGAAGUAUUAACAGAAAGCCUUAAAAUCGAUGUAAAAACAACCAAUAGAUGCACCAAAAAGAUCAUCAGCCAACACACACAAGACCUAAUCUGUAGAAGAACUGAACUGAUAUCUAUGAAAGACAAAUCCAAAGAAAAGAGAGAGGAACUAAAGGAAUUGUUCAAACAAACCAAUAAAUCAAUCAGAAGAGAUUAUGAUAACCACAGAAGAGAAAUAAUAGUAAAAAACAUGUCAUUGUUCCGGAGUUCGAAAAGAGCGUACAAAGAACUAAUUACGCACAAAAAUUGGGUACAGAGUCUAAGCAGUGGGAAGGGCGAAAUCAGAGACAGAGAAGGUAUAAUAGAAUGUGCAACAGCUUUCUAUUCCUCGCUAUAUCAAAAACCACCACCAGAAAUGACAGAAGAGGAUGAAAAUAGCGAUAUAACGGAAGAGGAUACAGGAGAAACAAAAAUAAACCCAAUAACGGAAAGUGAAGUAUGGACUCACAUUACAAAAUUAAAACCUGAGAAGAGCCCAGGAGAAGACAACAUUACAAAUGAAGCCCUGAAAAUCGGUGCGCGAAUUCUAGUCCCAUAUCUAACUGAGAUGUUUAACUUAGUACUGGAAGAAGAACAAGUACCAUCGCAAUGGACUAAGUCAAACAUAAUUCUACUGUAUAAAAAAGGAAGUCCACUCGACAUCGGCAACUAUAGACCUAUCAGCCUACUAUCUGCAAUAUAUAAACUCUUUUCAUCAAUACUUCUCAGCAGAAUAGCAUCAAAAAUUGACAACAAUCAACCAAUAGAACAAGCGGGCUUUAGACCACAUUACUCAACAAUUGAUCACAUCCAUACAAUAGAACAAGUAAUGGAGAAAUUUAAAGAAUUUAAUAAACCACUUUAUUUGGCAUUUGUGGAUUAUUCCAAAGCAUUCGACAGUAUAGUGCACUCAUCCAUAUGGACUGCUCUAAGGAACAACGAUAUAAAUAAAACAUACAUAAAUAUCAUCAAAAACAUCUAUUCCAAAAGCGUAAGCAGAGUAAAACUGGAAAGACAAGGAGAAGAGUUCAUAAUUGGAAGAGGAGUGCGGCAGGGAGACCCGCUCUCUCCUAAACUGUUCAUAGCUGUGCUGGAGGACAUUUUCAAGAAUAUUGAUUGGAAAAAUAGAGGCAUAUGGA